AUGGCCGAUACUAUUAAUACGGAAACUGGCACACUGCCAGAAAUAAGUGGAAAUCAGCGAGCUAUUCCAAGGCCCAAUACUCGUGUUUAUCGUCGUAGCAAAGUAAUGUCAGAAUACCACCAACUGCCAAUGGCUUUACCCACGGCUUUCACUCCGAAUCCUAUGGCCGACUCAGCUCCCCUUCCCGCUCGCAAGAUCGCUACCACUCCUCGUCCAGUUCCUCACCAAAAUAUGUCCUCUGCUGCGUUAUCCCCACUACCAAUCCCGGUGCAUCACAAGGAAGCCUCCACUGCAUUGGAGUUGUCUCCAAUCGAUGUGGACUUGGCGCUCCCAGUUCGUGUCCCUGGCUCUCACUCGCCUGAUGACAGCAGUCUGGAAAGUCACAGUAUCACCUCAAAGUCCAUGUCAAAUGCUGAUAUGACCAUUGAUGAAUCACGUGCCGUUGUUUGUGACUCCAAUGACUACCCCCUGGAACCCGCUCCAGUUCCACCGAUUCCACUAGAGAAGGAGGCUCCUGAAGGGAUGUCGACGAACAAUAAG